AUGGGGUUCUGUGAUGGUUGGGUUCAGAGGAUUCUGGACUAUCUCUCAAGUGUCUCGUUUGCUUUUAAAAUAAAUGGGAAAAUUUCUAGUUCUGUUGUUCUUUCCAGGGGACUUCGACAGGGUGAUCUAAUAUCCCCUUAUUUAUUUCUCAUUGUUGCAGGUGCGUUCUCAUCUAUGUUAUCGAAAGCUGCAAAUGAUAGAUUGAUCCACAGGGCAAGAGUUUGCAGGGAAGAUCGCAAGGUUUCUCAUUUAUUUUUUGCCGAUGACAACCUACUUUUUGCUAAGGCUACUGUUAGUGAGUGCUCGGUGAUAACUAACAUUAUCAACAAGUAUGAGAGUAAUAAGUCCCUUGGCAUGAAGUCGAUCAAAAGGGGUGUCGUAGCUCAUCUUAAUAGGGGUGAACUCUCUUCUAAAUUGCUUUCUUUGCCCUUGAUUAUUCAGGCUAGGACAUCAUUUAGAUUAAAGAAUCCCAAGUGCGAUCUUCUCAGUGCCUAUGGAAAAGAACCAUUGUUGACCUACUGGUUCAAGAGAAAGCGGGAAAAGCGAGGGGAAAACUUUCUUAUCAAUCCCCUUGAUCUCCAUGAUUGUCUCAAAGGCCCUCAAGUGGAAGUAAGGGUUGUCAGUAGCUUUAAAUUUAGGAAUGUCAUUGGCAGAGAAAAUCUGCGGAAGAAGUUCCUUAUCCACUGA